AUGCAGGGUCUUGCGGAUGGUCCCGUCAAGACUCACCUGUUCCGACUUGAACUAGAUUCACUAGAACAAGCCAUAUUUAUUGCGGAACAGGAAGACUUCAGUCUGAGACAGGCUCGCGCCAGCUCGACAUCGUAUCUUCAACCGAGACGAUAUGACAACGGAGGUCCAGAGCCGAUGGAACUCUGUUAUGUAGAGAGCGAGAAGGCUCGCUCUACAGACUACAAGAAGUUGCAGAAAUGCAACCGAUGUCAGAAGACAGGACACUACGCUUACGAGUGUAGUGCCCCUCGUCCAGUGUCUCGCGACAAUGGGCGUAGUGACCGUCCACCCAUGAGAAAGGGGCAGGGACGCGGGUCCGCUGUUGGUGCAAAGAUGCAACAACGAGAUGGACCGUCAAAAAACGGACAGGAUCAGUAG